UGAGACAACUCUUAUAAAGAAUCUCAUUAAAACUGAAAUUUCACAGAGAGAGAGAGAGAGAGAGGGAGAUAAAGAUGGCUAUUGGGCUAAUGGAGGUGCUGCUUGUGAAUGCAAAAGGCCUUGGAGACACUGAUUUCUUUGGUGGUAUGGAUCCGUAUGUUUUGAUACAAUACAAAAGUCAAGAGCGCAAGAGCAGCGUGGCCCAAGGUAAAGGUGGAUCUCCAGUUUGGAAUGAGAAAAUUACAUUCAGGGUAGAGUAUCCAGGACAAGGAGACCAAUACAAACUCAUUCUAAACAUCAUGGAUAAGGACACAUUCUCCGCUGAUGACUUCAUUGGGCAAGCCACCAUCUAUGUGGAGGAUUUAAUGGCAGUAGGAGUGGAGAAUGGAACUGCAGAGUUACACCCUCGCAAAUAUAGUGUUCGCAAAGACCAAAGUUAUUGCGGAGAGAUUGAAGUUGGUGUCACUUUCACCCAAAAGGUAGAAGAGCAAUAUCAUGGAGAAGAGUUGGGAGGGUGGAAGCAAAGUGACGACUACUAGUUCAUCUACCAGUUUGGUACACAUGGAAUUUGUGUGCACCUGGUGCAUUUUGGACAAUUGAAGUCGCAAUGAAACUUUUUUCUGCUAAUAUGUAAUAUUAAUUUUAUGCUCCAUUUGAUCCAUGGGAUGGGAACAGAUCAAUAUUAAGGUUGAGGGGGGAAAGGUAUCUGUCCAAAUCAACUGGAGCCUUUAGACUAGAGUGGUAAAAGAAUCAUGUCCGGAUGUGGUUGGUCUUAAUUCCAAUGGUAGUAGAGAGAACAUUUCAAGAAGUAGAUGGAUUAUCCAGAGUAUGUGUAGGUUACUAAUCUUCUUGUGGAAACUAGAAUAUGUUAACAAAAGAGAUUGUUAUUAUCAAAGU